AUGGCAUCUCAACUUCCACGACGGUCACGCGAGACCCCUCGACUGGAAAUGGCCAUCGGUCCUUACACUCGACACAACAAGAUCGGUCAAGGAAGCUUUGCCACUGUCUAUCAGGGCGUUCACACGAAAACUCGUACCUUUGUGGCCAUCAAAUCAGUCAAUCUCUCCAAGCUGAACAAGAAACUGAAAGACAACCUUUCCUCCGAAAUUGACAUUUUGAAAGGCCUCCAUCAUCCACACAUUGUCGCACUCAUCGAUUGCCAUGAGUCCACAUCCCAUAUCCAUCUCGUGAUGGAAUUCUGUGCUCUUGGAGAUCUCUCCGCCUUUAUCAAGAAAAGAGAUACCUUAUACGAUCAUUCCUCCACCAAGGACAUGAUUGCCAAAUACCCCAAUCCCCCCGGCGGGGCCCUCAACGAGGUGGUCGUGCGGCAUUUCCUCAAACAACUAUCCAGUGCCCUGCAUUUCCUGCGCGAACGAGAUCUCAUCCACCGGGACAUCAAGCCGCAGAAUCUCUUACUAUGCCCCGCGCCUACCUCGUACCAGAGCGGGUCUGCACAGGUUGUCCCCUACAAAGGGAGUGAUGACUCUUAUGAACCAAUGACGGGGUUGGAGACGCUCCCUAUGCUCAAAAUUGCUGAUUUUGGCUUUGCACGAUCUUUACCGGCGACCUCCCUGGCCGAAACUCUCUGUGGCUCGCCACUCUAUAUGGCUCCGGAGAUCUUGCGAUACGAGAAGUACGGUGCUGAGGCUGAUCUUUGGUCUGUGGGCACGGUACUUUACGAGAUGGUUGUUGGACGGCCGCCGUUUCGCGCGACGAAUCAUGUCGAGUUGCUUCGAAAGAUUGAAAAAGGGGAAGAUCGAAUACGCUUUCCUGAAGAGAACCCGGCAUCGGACGACAUGAAGAAGCUCAUUCGGAGUCUCUUGAAGCGCAACCCCGUGGAGAGACUGAAUUUCCCAGAGUUUUUCAAGAGUAAGGUGAUCACGGAUCCGAUUCCAGGACUCGUUGCGGACGAUUUGCCCCAGGAUCGCCGGCGUCCCUCCGCAGAUGUCACCCGUGGGCUGCUGCCUGCUCGCACGGAUCAGCGCUCUGUAAAAACACCGACGAAUGAGCAUCACUCUCCGAGAGAAUUGCCGUAUACCACCGACCAGGAGGAACGAAGGACCCUGGUUCCAUCUCAUCGACCGAAGCCGCCACGGCAGCAGUCAGAGACCUCCCCCAGCGCGACUCCCAUGCAGCGCGUGGGAAGUGCCGAUCGUCCAUCUUCGGCGGUCGUGAAAGAAAUGCCACGAGGAAACACGCCCCCUCAACGGCCACCCGCUGUGUCACAUGCCACGGCCCCUGGCCGUCAAGAGACGCUGACCCGUGACAGCCCGCCCGGCACGCUGGAGCGACGGAGCAGUCGCAGAACGCAUGCUGCAUCGCCCAAGGUCGGCCGGGUCGAGAAGACUGUCGAAGAACGAGAGCGCGCCGCUCAAGAAGUGGCAUUUGAGCGCGACUAUGUUGUGGUCGAGAAACGUGCCGUGGAAGUCAACGCGUUUGCGGACGAGUUGGCGCAUAGCCCACGGAUCCAGGCCGGGCUUGCUCGCGGUUCGGGGGGCUCUAUGCCGCGACGUGCCACGACGCAGGGACUUCCCUCGACAGGGUCGACGUCCCCGCACUUUGCGUCAAAGGCGAUGCAGAUUAUCCCCAGCCGCGCUCGGGCAGACUCGAUCCACCAGCGUCAACAUUCCUACGAGCGAAGGUACGGACAAAGUCCGACAUCUGCAACUUCUGCGAUUUCAAAGGCCCUCAAUAUGGCCAGCGGUCGUCUGUUUGGAAUGGGGUUUUCGCCUCCGCUGGCAUUAACUAAAGGCGGCCGAUCCCCUCCGCUUGCUUACAAUCCGUUCCCCGCCUACCCUGCGGCGCAAGCCAGCCUGAUGUUGACGGGGGAUGGAGGCGCCAAGAAUAGCGCAACCGUUGACGAAGACUGCCGCGCGGUUCAGACCAUUGAGGAAUGCGCCACGCGGAGUGAUGUCGUGUAUGGCUUUGCAGAGGUCAAAUACAAGCAAUUGAUUCCGCUGGCUCCAUCGGCUGUGACAGAUCCUGCGGUCUCAAAUGAGGAUCCUCAGGAUCUGGCUGACGACGGAUUGACCGUUGACGCUCUUGUCACGCUAUCCGAGGAGGCUCUGGUGCUUUACGUCAAGGCCUUGUCUCUACUGGCAAGAUCGAUGGAUAUCGCUGGUGCUUGGUGGACACGAAAGAACCGAGAGGAUGGCUACGGUGACGCUCCCCAUCGCAACGACAAUACUGCCAUUGCGGGUGCUCGAAUCAACAAUGUCGUCCAGUGGGUUCGAAGCCGGUUCAACGAGGUUUUGGAAAAGGCCGAAUUUGUGCGUCUGAAGUUAAUUGAGAAUCAGAAGCGACUGCCACCAGACCACCCUAGUCAUCCUGGAAACCACGCCGCGGGGUCUACAGUCGCCUCAAGCGGGUCGGGCGACGUGGCCGUGAGCCCCGGUGUGACCGCUGAGAGGCUGAUGUACGAUCGCGCUCUGGAGAUGAGUCGCACGGCGGCUAUCAGUGAGUUGACUGGCGAGGAUCUCGCGGGAUGCGAGAUUGCCUAUGUGACGGCUAUCCGAAUGCUGGAGGCGGUGCUGGAAGAAGAUGGCCUUCGGGCUUCCGCCGGCCAAUCCACAAGCCAAUCAUCCCAGAGUGCCGACAAGAGGACCGUCGAAGGCUUGGAGGGGGAAGAUCGACAGGUGAUCGUCAAGUUGGUAUCUAGCAUGCGAGGUCGGCUCGCCGCUCUUCGGAAGAAGCUGGUUAUUCUUUCGAAGCGACCUUCAGCUGCCACCCCGACGAUGACCAGCGGGAGAUUUCCGUCGUCCAACCUGGUGCCCGUGGCGCAUGCGACCGGAGCAACGCCGCCUCGAUGA